GGGUCCUUUAGCAAAAGUACGUCACAGUUUUUUGUCCGAGGAGUGACUUUUCUCCAAGUUAAACUAGGUAAAGAAUAAGUCUCGAGAGAGAAAUUUAUACGUGUAUAUGACUUUGAGCGUUCGGCUUCAUACGACAUCCCUCUGUGCGCCUGACGAUAAAUCACAAUCACACAAUAAAGCGACAACAAGCCAACCAACACAAACUAGGUCACGCCUGUUGAAAGAUUUCAGCAAACACAGAAAAUGGCUGAUACAAAUCUUACCGAGACAUUCACCUACUCUACCGAGACACACAGCUUCAACAUUCGCUGGACGUCACUGGGCGACUCAACCUCACCACCUCUAAUCUUUGUCCACGGCACACCCUGGUCUUCCCGCGUGUGGCACGACUACGCACAGUCUUUCGCCAGAUAUUUUCACGUGUACUUAUUCGACAACCCUGGUUUCGGGGAGAGCCCCCUCGGCCAACCUCUCCCGGGCAAGCAGGACCAAAUCACCGACAAGAUCGCCCUCGACGCGGACCUCAAGCAGCAGUCGGAAGCCUUUGCCGCCUUGUUCAAACACUGGGCACGAGAUUGGUCUCCCAACAACAAAGCACAUGUCAUCGCACAUGACCACGGUGGUCUCAUGAGUCUGCGCGCCAACAUCCUGCACGGUUGUGACUAUGCGAGUCUGUGUCUCAUCGACGUGGUGGCGAUCGGACCGUUCGGCCAACCGUUGUUCAAGUUGGUCGCGCAGCACCAAGACGUCUUCAAUGCCCUGACGGGGCCGGUGUUUGAGGGUGUGGUCGAGUCUUAUAUCCGUGACGCGGCUCACAAAGAACUAAAUCCAGAGACGAUGGACAUGCUGAAGAAACCGUGGGUGUCAACCGAACAGGGCAAAAUGGGCUUCGUCAGACAGAUGGAGCAGGCCAACAGCCGGAGCACGGCCGAGGUCGAAGGGAAAUACCCUGGAGUGGGGAGAAGGAUGCCGGUGAAGAUCAUCUGGGGAAAAGAGGACAAAUGGAUCCCCUUUGAUACGGCGGAGAAGUUGAAGGAGAAGCUAAACGCAAAGGAUGCAGUUCUCAUUGACGGAGCCGGACAUUUAAUCAUGUAUGAUCAACCAGGAAAGUUGGGCGUCGAGCUCGGCUGGUGGUUGAGCGAUGUGACCCAUUCGUAAAAGGUUGGAAUCCUUUUCUUCAUUUGGCAUUUCUUGGGGACUGCUCCGUAUAAUGUUUCUGCGAUAGAUAGCUUCGUUUUCAUUUCGAAGCGCCGGUAUUCUUGUCACACCCCAGCAAUGACUCAGGGUCAUAUACUCCGCUUCUUCUGGAAGACUAGACCCAUCUACUAUCUUCAGUAGUGGAUGUGAGGAUGUUUGAGACUGUAUGUUGAUGAGCUUUGAGGGCUUCCGUAAUGGCAAAUAAGAUACCGCUUGGCAUUCGGUGUGUGACCCCCUACACUGGCGGACCCAUGCAUCAACCUCGGGUAAUGUACGCUUUUGAACGUCGGAAAGGAUGCUUUCGGGGGCUUCAGAACCAGCGUAUGCUCGAAGUCAACUCUCUUGAAAGCGCAUCAAAUGCUUUCCAAACUUACCAAGGAUCGGAAUCAAGUAGAGAGAAAUCCAGCAAGGACGGAUCCCUUUCUUGGAAACAUCUCCGUCGAGGAAGUAUAACACGUCUAGGCGUAAGGGACCAGAAGAAUCUUCGCUUUCUCUGUGUGGCAGGAUUGUAGCAAUACCAAACAUCUUCUGUGGAU